AUGGAGGAAUAUUGUAUAUCACCACAAGAACAGGCCAAGUACUAUGUUGACUACUCAAAGUACCGUAAGGAAUGCCUCCACGACAACAAUUGGCUGCUAGAAAAGAAGCCGCUCGUCGUCGCCGUGCCUCCUACUUAUGAUGGUGCUGCUGACCCUGUGGCUCUGGAGAAUUGGUUAAGGGAAAUGGAGAAGCUCUUCACGGCAACAAACUGCCCCGUUACUGAAAUGGUACCUAUUUACCUAAAAAGAGAGGCUGAUAAUUGGUGGAGUACGGUGAGGGCUGCAUGUAUGGCUACUGCUGGAUUUGGGUGGACUCAGUUCUCCGCCAAGCUGAAGGAGAGGUUCUACCCUGAUGAGUUGCGCUGGCAAAAGCAGGAAGAGUUUCUAUCUCUAACUCAGGGGAAUAUGGAUAUCCAAAAGUACACCGACCACUUCACCGAGCUGUCUAAGUUUGCUGGUACUGUCAUUCCCACCGAAGCUGAGAGGGUUAAGAGAUACAUAAAGAAGAUGGAUCCUAGGGAAGAAGAAACUGCUAAGAUUGCGUCUGUGAGGAAGCCUGUCCCAUCUUUUGCUCCUGGUCCAGCUAAGAAGCCGAGGUUUGAACCGAAUUUCCGUGGUGGAUAUCAAGGUUCCAAUUCUAGGCCGAGUUUUGAUUCGUCCAAGUGUCGGAGGUGUGAGAAGCCUAAUCAUCCGGGGAAGGAUUGUGAUGGAUCUGCUAUUGUUUGCUUCUACUUUAGGGAAGCGGGUCACAAGAGUUAUGAGUGUCCUAAGAAUCUGAGGGCUACAGCUAAACCUCCUGCUACUCCUAGUCAUUCUGCUUCGCCGAAGAAUCGAGUUUACAAAAUGACUCAUUCUGACGCCGAUGUUCAUCCCGACGUCAUCUCUGGUACCUUUCUUAUUAAUUCAGUCCCUGGUUUUGUGUUGUUUGAUUAUGGUGCUUCCGUGUCUUAUGUGUCUACAUCUUUUGCCAAGAAAGCUAACCUGUCUUCGAGUUCUCCUCUUCGAACUCUUAUAUCUUUGCCUUCUGUGGUUGUUAUUGAUUGCCGGGGAAAUUGUGCUAUUGAUUGA